UGCUGUGUUGAACUCUAAGGAGCGCAAUUUUUGAAAAAAAUAAAAACCGACAAAUACUAGUAUAAUUAACAAGUUUAUAAAAGUAAAUUGUACGGCAAUUGGUUGUUAAGAAGCUAUUAAUUGUGUUGCAAUAGUUUGCAAAGUGAAAAACAGUAAAAUAAGGUGAAAAUUUGUGAGAAUAAAAUUAACAAAGUGUGUAAGCCACUGGAAGAUAUCCAGGGCCGCCAUAUUUAGUCAUAUAAAGAAAAAAUAGAAGCGCUGUAUCUGAGACUUAGUUCUGGGUGAUUCCCUGCGUUCUUUUUCUUCAUAUUCAUAUUUUGAAACUAUCGCCGGUAAAUUUCAUUUUAUUUUGUUAACUUUUUGUAUCCUAUUAUACCAAGAUACAAAUGGGUGAUUAUUCUCAUGACUCAUUGGGCAUGAAGCUCGAAAUGGGAGGCGAUUUAUUGCGAAGACAAUUCGAUCCAACAGCUCACGAUUUAGAUGCAAAUUUUCGUCUUACGCGCUUUGCUGAUCUUAAAGGACGAGGAUGUAAAGUCCCACAAGAUGUUUUAAAUAAAUUAGUCGGAUCAUUACAACAAGACUAUACAUCCCAUGAUGAUCAAUUUAUGCAUAUGACAAUUCCCCGUAUUGGAAUCGGUCUUGAUUGUUCAGUGACUCCUCUUCGUCAUGGAGGACUUUGUUUAGUACAAACAACUGAUUUCUUCUAUCCAAUCGUCGACGAUCCAUACAUGAUGGGUAAAAUCGCUUGUGCUAAUGUCCUAAGUGAUCUUUAUGCAAUGGGUGUUAUCGAGUGCGACAAUAUGCUCAUGUUACUUGCCGUAAGCACGAAAAUGACUGAGAAGGAACGAGAUGUUGUUAUUCCACUAAUUAUGAGAGGAUUUAAGGAUUCUGCUUUGGAAGCUGGAACAUCAGUUACUGGCGGUCAGAGUGUUGUUAAUCCAUGGUGUACAAUUGGAGGCGUCGCAUCAACAGUUUGCAAUCCAAACGACUACAUUGUUCCUGAUAAUGCCGUUGUUGGAGAUGUUUUAGUCCUGACGAAGCCAUUAGGAACUCAAGUUGCUGUAAAUGCUCAUCAAUGGCUUGAACAACCUGAACGUUGGAAUCGAAUUAAGCUCGUCGUAUCAGAAGAGGAUGUUCGUAAAGCAUAUCAUCGAGCUAUGGAUUCAAUGGCACGAUUGAAUCGUACAGCUUCACGCUUAAUGCACAAGUACAAUGCUCAUGGAGCAACUGAUAUAACUGGGUUCGGUCUUCUAGGACAUGCUCAAACAUUGGCAUCACAUCAAAAGAACGAAGUAUCAUUUGUUAUUCAUAAUUUGCCAGUUAUCGCAAAAAUGGCAGCUGUUGCAAAAGCUUGCGGUAACAUGUUCCAAUUGCUUCAAGGACAUUCAGCUGAAACAUCUGGUGGAUUGUUGAUUUGCUUGCCAAGGGAACAAGCUGCUGCAUAUUGUAAAGAUAUUGAGAAACAAGAAGGAUAUCAAGCAUGGAUUAUUGGUAUUGUUGAAAAAGGAAAUCGUACAGCACGCAUUAUUGACAAACCACGUGUCAUCGAAGUUCCAGCUAAAGAGUAAAUUGAACUGGAUAAUAUCUUUCCACUUCUCCUUCGUUUGACUAAGAUUUAUUUCAUUGUAAUAAUAUUAAACAAGAAAAAAAAAAAACUAUUAAGAGAGCAUUAAGAUCAUCUGUAAAUUUAUUCCUGUGGACCUUUCUUUUUUCAAAAUUUGAUGAUUUUCUAUCUCAAAGAAAAAUUUUCAACAAUAUGAUGAUUGCUUUUGAAUUAAAAAUUAAGUUUUGAGAUAUAAAAAAAAAUAAUAUUUUUGUAAAUUUUCGUCAUCAUACAUU